AUGGAAAUCGAGUCCAUGGAGAAGUCGCGGCACCGCGACAACGAAAAUCAGCCGAAUGAUGAUGCUGAUCAGGAGCUCGAAUAUCCAAAGGGAUUGAAACUCGUCCUGAUCUUCACAGCUCUUUGCCUUACCAAUUUUCUUGUCGCUUUAGACCAAACUAUCAUUGCGACGGCUAUUCCAACAAUCACAUCGCAGUUUCACAGCAUUGAAGAUAUUGGAUGGUACGGAAGCGCAUACCUCCUCACCACGUGCAGCUUUCAGCUCUUCUUUGGCAAGCUGUACACGCUGCUGUCCAUUAAAUGGACCUUUGUGGCUGCUGUUCUGAUUUUUGAAGUGGGAUCUGCAAUAUGUGGUGCAAGCCCUAAUUCGAUCGCCUUGAUUGUCGGACGCGCAAUUGCGGGCAUAGGGGGGUCUGGCGUUUUUUCCGGAGCGCUCAUCAUCAUUGCAAAGUCAGUUCCGUUGGCCAAGAGACCUGCGUUCACAGGCAUACUUGGAGCCGUAUGGGGCGUAGCGAGCGUGGUUGGGCCUCUGCUAGGAGGUGCAUUUACAAGUCACGUCUCAUGGCGAUGGUGUUUCUACAUCAAUUUACCAAUUGGGGUGGUAGCCAUUCCAUGCAUCAUAUUCUUUCUCUCAUCAUCUCGAUCACAACACGCGAAAGCCGGUGGAUGGGCAUCUGUCAUACAACAGUUUGACCCUAUCGGGACUGUUUUAUUUGUCGUCAGUAUCAUUUGUUUGUUGAUUGCACUACAAUGGGGAGGUAGCAAAUAUCCAUGGAGCGAUGGUCGUGUGAUUGCUUUGCUUACUGUGUUUGGCAUAUCGAGCAUCGCUUGGGCAUUUACUCAGUGGAAGAUGGGCGAGAACGCAACAGUACCCCUUCGUAUUGCACGACAGCGCUCCGUAGCCUUUUCGACAUUUUACAUCUUUACAGCUAGCGCAGCGUUUGUGAUACCAAUUUAUUAUUUGCCUAUUUGGUUUCAGGGCAUUAAAGGCGACUCCGCCUCACAGUCCGGUAUCCACAACCUGCCCUUACUCCUCAGCGUCGUUGUAUUCGCUAUCGCUGGUGGAAUAGGCGUCACAAUCGUGGGGUACUACACGCCGUUCAUGGUAGUAGGCGCCAUUGUUAUGUCGAUCGGAGCUGGACUUCUCUUGUUGUUCCGAGUCAAUAUUCCUAUCUCCAUGUGGCUUGGUUUCCAGAUUGUAUUUGGUGCUGGCGCUGGUCUUGGCCUGGAGCUUCCAAAUAUUGCCGUGCAAACGGUCUUGCCCAAGAAAGAUGUUGCUAUUGGCACAUCCCUCGUUGUUCUUGCUCGCUCUUUGGGUGGUGCUAUCUUCAUUUCCGCUGCACAGAAUGUUUUCAACGAGCACAUCAUUUCUGGCAUGCGAGGGAGAGUCCCCGAGAUUGAUUACUCGGUGGUCCUGAAUUCCGGCGCCACAGAGCUUCAAAAAACGAUCAAGGACGUCGCUCCUGGCCAAGCAAACAUUCUUUCCCGAGUCUUGAAUGUGUACAAUGACGCUAUUGUGCAGACAUGCAUCGUUGCAUUGGCGCUCGCGUGCGUUUCUAUCCUGGGUGCAGUCGGUGUCGAGUGGCGAACUGUCAAGAAAAAGUCCAAGACGCCGAAAUUUGACAAUAUUGGUUGA